AUGAGUUAAUUCACAUGACAAGAUUUAGUAGUCAGAAACAGAUUGCUGAUUUGAUGGAAAAUAUUGCGAAAGAUUCUAAUCCAUUAAAUGUAUAUAGAUAUCUAAUAAAAACCCCUAUCAUUUUACAUUCUAUAAUUAAAUGGAUCCCAUUUUCUCAAAUUACAAAUUUACAACAAAUAGCAGAAGGUGGAUUUGGCAUGGUUUAUAAAGCAAAAUAUCUAGGUGUAAUGCCUAAAGUUAAAGAUAAUAGUGGUUCAUAUUUCGAAUAUAUAAAUGAAACCGUUGCCAUAAAAAGACUCGAAACUAUUCACAAUAAAGAACUCAUACAUCGAGACGUUCAUAGCGGAAAUAUAUUAUUUGUUGAACAAAAUGAUUACAGAUAUCAAUGGCAAAUUGGAGAUCUAGGAUUAUCACAACCUGCAAAUAAUACUUCAUUAAAUAAUGAAAUAUAUUGGGUAAUCCCUUAUAUUGCACCAGAAAUAUUUAAUGGCGCUCCAUUUUCAAAAAAAUCUGAUAUUUAUAAAUAUAUUUCAAAAGAAUAUGAGUUUGAUAUGGAUACUCGGAGGUUACUUACAAUAAAUGCUCAACCUUUAAAUGCAAUAACAACACCAAAUUCUUCAAAAAAGCGAAAGAAUAAAGAAAUAGAAGCUAAAACCCAAAAUUAUCAAAAGCAAAUUAAAACUUCUAGAGAAUCCAAGCAUUCUUUAAAUUUUGUAUUGAAUUGA